AUGUCGCAGUCAUCCUCUCAAAGUCCAGAUAGUUGGAUCGGCACCUUCUGCAAUUUGGUGGGCCACGAGUACUUUGCCGAAGUCAGCGAAGAUUUUAUCGAAGAUGAUUUCAAUUUGACGGGUCUACAAGCACAAGUACCCAUGUAUAAGGAUGCAUUAGAAAUGAUUCUCGAUGUUGAGCCGUCAGAGACGAAUUCCUCAGCCUUGUCGGAUGAAGAAGAGGAAGAGGAGGAAGAAGAGGAAGACGAUGGCCUGUUGGGGGAUGAAUUGGACGACCCUCUGAACAACGGAAAUGGUGAACCCAGAAGACAGUCAGGUGUAUCUGCCGGUACUGGUGGUGUUGCCGGUGGAAGACGACAUGGGCGCUCCUCGUCCGAUACUAGUGUCAUCGAGUCAUCCGCUGAACUUCUCUAUGGUCUGAUUCAUGCUCGAUACAUCACAUCAAGGCCUGGAAUUCAACAGAUGAUGGAAAAGUACGAAUUGUCCCAUUUCGGGUUCUGUCCGCGGGUGUAUUGCGCCGGGACAAAAGUCCUACCAGUUGGACUCACCGACAGCCCAGGCCAACAAACGGUCAAGCUGUUCUGCCCGAGUUGCCUGGACGCUUACACGCCUCCUAAUUCUAGGUUUCAGGCUGUCGAUGGCGCUUUCUUCGGCACGACUUUCCCAUGCUUGUUCUUCAUGUCAUAUCCUGAUCUCGAUGUCGCUCCGCUUAAGAGACGUUCCGCUAGAGACUCUACUGUUCAGGGUACCGAUGACGCAGAGAGCAUUCUGAGUCCUAAUGAUACGACCAAUGCUCGUGGCAGUACAGGUAUUAGUGCAAGUCGAAGCUCUAGCCUCACAUUACCCCAACCACCAGCGAUUCCCGGAGUGACACAAUCUAAGGACGAAAAGACGGCGUUAGCCAACGCAUUGGCGUCUCUCCCACCUCAGCCUCUGACUAUCAACGGCUCGGCCACACAUAAUCUUGCACCAGGGCUAGGGAAGGGGAAAAUCUACGAGCCCAAGAUCUACGGUUUCAGAGUAUCUGAACGAGCAAAGAGUGGGCCGAGGAUGAAAUGGCUUCGAUCCAAACCUAUGGACAUCAACUACCUAGACGAGGCACAGAAAUACCACGACAGGUACGGUGGAACUGUUGAUGGCGAUCCCGACGAAGAGCCUCACGCAUUGCCCGGCGAAAAGGAGGAUGACGAAGCUGAAGAAGAAGCUGCAGCCGAUCAGGAUGGUGACGCAAUCAUGAUGAGCCAGGGUCAGGGACAGACUGGAACACGGUCAAGAACGAAACGAGAAGCUGAUGCAGAUGGCGAUGCACUACUGGGAGGUCAGAAUCAGAAUCAGGCGAAGUCUAAAGCUUCAAGGAGGAAAUCAGGGCCCCCAAAAGUGACGACGGAGACGACGGCAGCUGGCCAAACCAAUCAACAAGAUGGAAGUAAUUGGAUAUGA